UGUUUAAAAAUUGAUUGAAAAAGGACCUGGACUAUCAAUACACAGGGGGAAAUUCUAUUAAGAUGUUCCCUUUCACAGACGAAGACUAUGACUGGGCAAGGACAUGGAACUCUUGACAGUCUGACAGAUGAGACCAGCCAGAUAAAUAAAUUGUAUUAUUAACUAAAAUUAACAUGCUAAUGACAUUCAACAGUUAUCACUCAUUCGUUUGGAGCAUGUUUCUGAGGACUGACAGUGAAAGAUGAUGACAUUUUGUGAGAAUCUGGACAAUGAGACCACCUCAGGAUGACAGAUUUUGCUUUGCAGUUUCCUAAACCCAUCAAGAACUUCUGUUUCAUAUCAAGAUCAAGUCCAAGAAGUUUAUUUUUGCUGAGAAAGACCACGUCAAGACAAGAUUUGAGAUGGGAAACUUCCAAAAAUAAAAAGGAAGAAGACACUGAGAGAACAAGUGAAACCAAGGACGACUCAUAACAGAAACUUCAUCACUGUAGCUUGCAAGCCUGAGAAACCUUCAAGCUAGGGUACUCGCUUUGUGAAACAGAAACACAGGGGUUAACCCCUACUCCUCCAAGCGAGUCAGUGAGCAGUCAUGCGCGUUCCAACCGCUAAACGAUGGCAGAAAAUCCGGCAAGUCACGUGACAACAAAGGGAAAAUGGCUUGGACAAGAGGGAAAUUGACCGUAGUUAUACUGGCUUUCCAGCUAGUGUUUCUUGUGCUAUUUGGAGUUUUCGUGGAGUAUCAUCCCACAGCAGACGCCAGGACCAAGAAGGGGGAUGAAACGGAAGGAGAGCACGGCGGAGAGGGUGGAGCAAACCUCGCUGGAUUCACUAACCCCGUGGAUUUGUACUACCCAAUGUUCCAAGAUGUGCACGUCAUGAUGUUCAUUGGAUUCGGCUUUCUGAUGACUUUUCUGAAACGCUAUGGUUACGGAGCUGUUGGUUUUAACUUCCUUCUUGCCGCGUUUAUUCUGGAAUGGUCGACUCUGAUGAGGGGUUUCCUCGAAAUGGAAGGAGGGAAAAUCCACAUCAGCAUUAAUACAAUGUUACUGGCUGACUUCACUUCUGCGAUUGUCCUGAUCUCCUUCGGAGCAGUUCUUGGGAAGACAUCCCCAACUCAACUUCUUAUCAUGGCCUUCUUUGAGGUCAUCCUUGCUGUUGUUAAUGAGUACAUUGGACUAACCAUAUUUGGGGCCGUUGAUGUUGGGGGUUCCAUGUUCGUCCAUGUCUUUGGGGCUUACUUCGGCUUGGCUGUGGCACGUGUCUUGGCUAGAGAUGCUAAUGAAGAUAAUGGCAAAGAGGGCGCUAGUUACCACUCCGACAUCUUCUCUCUAAUUGGUACGAUUUUCCUGUGGAUGUUUUGGCCGAGUUUUAACAGCGCCCUGGCCUUGGAGGAUGGGCGUCACCGAGCCGUGCUUAACACGUACUUCUCCCUGGCUGCAUGCUGCAUCACAACCUUCGCUAUCUCUACACUGCUCAAUAAGGACGGCAAAGUGGAAAUGGUGCAUAUUCAGAACGCAACGCUAGCUGGUGGUGUAGCCGUUGGUACCUCAGCUGAUAUGAUGAUCCAACCAUGGGGGGCUCUACUCAUUGGCAUCAUGGCCGCCAUCUUGUCUACUUUCGGAUACAAGUACAUUCAGCCUUUCCUAACCGAUAAGCUGAAACUACACGAUACUUGUGGUGUGCAUAAUCUACAUGGUAUGCCAGGGAUCUUAGCAGCUCUGGCUGGCGCAGUGGCUGCAGCUAUGGCUACACCAGAGCUCUAUGGAGACAAUCUGUACGGGAUUUUCGGCGCCCGUGCCCCAGGGGAGCAUGAGAUGGAUACCAACUCAACAUUGAUUGGAGAUGGCAGCGUAUUGGUUGAAUCUCGGUCAGCUGGUGGGCAAGCUGCUUUCCAAUUGGCUGCUCUAGGGGUGACUCUUGCCAUUGCUAUCGUAGGUGGCGCCCUCACAGGUCUCGUUUUGAAGCUUCCGUUCUGGAAUGAACCAGAAGACGAGGAUCUUUUUGAGGACAAACCAUUCUGGGAUGUCAAUGCACCAGAGGUAGAGUACCAUGACGUCCCAGUGAAUGAGAAGCAUGUUGCUGCUGAACACUACAGAGUCAAAUCCGGAAUGGCCGAUGCACCAGUCUAAUUAGGUAGUGUGGUGAUCACAUGACAGCUUGUGAGCCAAUAGCAGCAGCAAUUGGUAUAUUUGGUUUCUUCUCGAAAAAAAAAAAAAAAAAAAAAAAAAACUUUUUUUUCUGAAAUCCGGUUUUGAUACUAUUGUUGAUAAAACUCGAUCUAAAUAAUCAUAAUGUUCACUCACUGCAUUGACAAUGAAAAAAACCUGAAACUAUUUAUUCUUUGUUUUGUUUUUCCAAACAUAGUCACCUACUAUAGUCCUACUCAACCAUGGUGGUGCAAACACAAUUUUUAGCUCGUGGCUAAUAUUCAACAAUUUAUGAGGGGGAAAAAAUGCUAUAAAUAUAAAUGAGAUGUUUUUUUUAAAUUUGCAUUUUAACAUCUUCGAAACCGCCGAAGCUCAGGGACCAAUUUCAUAUGGCUUGUAAGCAAAAAAAAAAAAAACCUUGCUAAGCACAGAUAAGUAUGACUUAAUAAAAACAGUUUUCCCGCCUAAAUAACAUCAGGUUUACAUUGUCUUGAUCUGUGCCCCAUUCAAUUAUUUCCAAGAAAAACAACGAG